UUGACUCCUGUCUUUGCAUAUACUGUGUGGAUAUAUCAUAUGAUGGCUUUUAUAACGAACAUCCUACGCUGCUGCUUGUUUCAGGCAGUUCUCAUCAGUCUAUGGAUGGAUGUGAUCAGUGGAUUUGGUAUUCAGCUUGUUCCUCAGUAUCCACAGGUUGGACAGAAUGUCACCUUGAUUGUCACUGGAAUUAAAGGAACAAUAAAAAGUUUCACCUGGUAUAAAGGUGAAACAGCAGAUAAUGAUAACCAAAUCUUCUUCAACAUUAAUAAUAGCAUAGCUCUAGGAGCUCAAAACUUUUCUCGAGCCAAUGGUCUUCCUAAUGCCUCAUUACACAUCUCAGACCUAAAGAAAGCAGACCAGGCUAACUACACUGUGACAGUACAAGCAAUGAUUAAAUCAGAAGCCACUAUACUACUACUGGUUUAUGAUUCUACUCAAAAUCCAAAUGAAGCUAACACAAGUGGACAAACCAUUGGCAUUGUUGUUGCUGUUGUCCUGCUAGUAAUUGUUCUCGUCAUUGCAUUAAUUUAUCUACUUGUCAUCAGAAGGAGGAAUACAAAGACAACUGCCCCAAAUAGCAAUACAUCUGCCUCUGGAGUGGUAGAGAAUGACCGCACAACUAUACCUGGAAUACAGAUGGCAGAACAUGAAAUACAGUACAGCUCUCUUGAAUUUGCAGGCAGGGGUCAAAGGAUGAAGCCUGAUCCUGAACCCACAAUGUAUGCAGAAGUGAGACGCACUUAAGUUGCUCGUCAUUCAGGACCUUAUACUUAAGAAGAUUCAAAAGUACAAUUGUUCACUUUAUCUUCGACUGCUGAUAAUAAAAAAAAAUCUCAGAUCUGCUGCAGGCUCUGAACACAAGUGUGAUGUUAUUAUAAGGUGAAGUGUAGGGUCCUUGUUCUCAUGCAUGUUUGCAUGUUGUUUUUUUAGUGUCAUCAAAUUCAAUGGAAGUCUCCAGAAAAGUUUCCCUACUGCACAGCUUUGAUUUAAUUAUAUUUUACUCAGGAAUACUGUAUAAUAUUACUGUUUAAAUCUAUUAUACACAAUGUUCAUUUUUUAAAUAAAUAAAAACAUAUAUGACUGAGAUAACUGCUGUAUUAGUACAUACAAUUUAAAUGGUUGUGGAAGUCAAAAUUUCCAGUUUAGUUAUAUUAUUGAAAUUAAAUUGCCUCUUUGUUGUUGCACUCAGUUAAUCUGUAGAGGGAGGCUGCAGCAGGCAGUGCUAAGGUACAGCAGGGAACACCCACUGCUGUGCCUUCAUUUACUAUUACUGCACACGUUGUUUAGAUGUCUCCUAUUCAAAGACAGAUGCAUUAUCAGUUUGUGUUCAAACAAUGCUUCUAGCUAUACAUCUUUGUUUACCAUAGUUUUACCAUAGAGUGGAUAAAGCUACUGCAUUUACAAAGAGAGGUUUAGUGUAUUCCUUUAUCUGAUUCUGAAUAACAAACAAGAGUACAAUAAAAGAGAUGUUAAAAUCUA